AAUAAAUAACAGCUGAUACCAGUUUAUUAUGAAUUAGUUAUAAAUUGUGACUUUGUUUUAAAAUGUGAUGGUUUCAUAAACUGUAUUACUAUUUAACAGCACAGUCAGGUUCUGUGCAUCCAUACAAAAGUUCAGACCGUUUCAGUUAGUAACACAAUUAGAUUAGCCUUUGGAAUUAUAUGACUCGAUUAUGUAAAAGAUUCAGGUUUCCAGAAGGCACUGCAUUUAAAUGGAUGCAUUAGGAAAUCCUAAUGUAAAUUGUUUACAAUAUUUUUUUUUUUUAUGAAUAUCUUGUAUCCCAUACUAGGUUCCAGAAUAGGCUAUACCUGGUAUGAAACGCAUUACAAAAUAAUUCCAUAUCCCCCCCAAUGAUCUCACACACACACAGUGUGAAUCUCCCCCUUCUUUAGUAUUACAAAGGAUUACACUGAAUCUUAACAGGAAUUACCUGAAUCAAAUUAGAGUGGCACAGCCCCCUAAUCCCAGCCGUCUGUCUGUCAGGAAGCAGAUAGGACCAGUUGACCGCAUUGCUUUUCUUGUUUUGCUAUCAACACAACAAGUCAGCUAAUUUGUUUAACAAGAAAUAAGCCUGUUAGAACCACAAAGCCCUAAUCUUGAGGAAUAUUUCUGGCUACUUUUUUUAAAUUGCCCAGAAGGGCAGGAUGGAGGAAAUCUUCCUUCUGAAAACCGAGGGGGUCAAAAAGAAGAUUCUUCAUGGAGGACAGGGAGAUAUCCCAAAAUUUCCAAAUGGGACGCGGGUGAAAUUCCACUUCCAGACCCUGAAAUGCGGUUUUGAGCGGACAGUGAUCGAUGACAGCCGCAAGGGCGGGGUCCCCAUGGAGAUCAUUGUGGGGAAGAUGUUUAAGAUGGAGAUCUGGGAGCCCCUCCUCACUUCCAUGAGAAUUGGAGAAGUGGCUGAGUUCUGGUGUGACAGCGUGCACACAGGGCUCUACCCAAUGGUCUCGAAGGGUAUUCGUAAGGUCGCGAUGGGGAUUGACCCCCUGGAAGGGCAGAAGCACAUGUGUGGGAUGGGGAACAUGUUUGACUAUCACUCCAUGGGUUAUGAGGACCUGGACGAGCUGAUGAAAGAGCCACAGGCACUGAUCUUCAUCAUGGAGCUGGUCCAGGUGGACGAUCCUUUCUCAUACAAGCGAGAUUCCUGGGCGAUGAGUAAGGAUGAGAAGCUGAAGGUGGUUCCCGUCCUGCACGGGGAGGGAAACAGUCUGGUGAAGCAGGGCUGCUACCGGGCAGCUUCAGAGCGAUACCAGGAGGCCGUCAUCUGUCUGAGGAACGUCCAGGCCAAGGAGAAUCCUGGGCACGAAGACUGGGUGAAGCUGGAAAAUCUAAUCACCCCCCUGGUUUUGAAUUACUGCCAGUGCAUGCUGGAGCUGGAGGAGUACUACGAGGUCCUGGAGCACACCAAUGAGCUGAUCAGCAAGCACAAAGACAAUGUGAAGGCCUAUUACAAGCGUGCGAAGGCUCACGCGGCGGUGUGGAAUGAGGUCGAGGCACGGCAGGACUUCCUCACUGCUGCCAACCUGGACCCAUCACUGGCCCCUGCUGUGCGCAAGGAGCUGAGAUUGCUGGAGGAGAGAAUGAGGACCAAGUACAGCGAGGAGAAGAAGACCUACUGGGGCAUCUUGGAGGAUAAAGGAGGGGAGACCAGAGAGAGAGAGAGCCAGAGGAACAUGGAGGACAGCAGUGCGGCCGAUUCAAAAAGGGACACCAAUGAGAAAACAGAGGCGGACGAAGAGCCGGCGCCGAGGACCUAUCAGACCGCAAGUAAAGAAGGGAAGGGCAAGGAGCAGAUGCUCAGGCUGGUUCCCUUUCUGAACAACGAGGGGAACUAUCUGCUGACAGAGCAACGUUACAGGGAGGCUUCAGAAAAGUACCAAGAGGCCAUCGUCUAUCUGAAGACCGUUCAGGCUAGGGAGAAGCAUGAUGAGGAGGACUCAGCGUCGCUGGAGAAUCUCCUCUGCCCCAUAGUGCUGAAUUACUGCCAGUGCAUGCUGAAGCUGAAAGAGUACAAUGAAGUCCUGGAACACACCACUGAGCUGAUCAGCAAGCACAAAGACAACGUGAAGGCCUAUUACAAGCGUGGAAAAGCUCACGCCGCAUUGUUCAAUGAUAAAGAGGCGCGGAAGGAUUUCCUGACAGUCUGUAAGCUGGACCCCAUGUUUGGCCCCACCGUGCGGAAAGAUCUGAAAAUCAUGGGGGAAGCGAUGAGAGCCAAGCUCAGCAACCAGAUGAAAAGCUACUGGGGUGGGGUCAAGGAGAGACACGAGCAAAGAGGAGAGACCAAGGGAGCAGAGAGACAGAGGGAUAUAGAAGGGGAGGGGGGCGUCAAAGAGAAAGGAAAAAAUUUGAAAGAGGAGAAUGGUGUGAAUAGAGGGAUAGGUACAAAGAAGACUGGUGAGAGUACAUCAGUAGAGAACAAUGGUAACAGAGCUGCAGAAACUGUGAGGAGCCAUGACAACACAGGAGCAGUAACAGAAGAGAACAAUGAGACUACAACAGUCACAAGUAAAGAUGCAACCAAUAAAAAUGUAGAGGCAGGUAUAGUUGAGACGAAUGAGAUCACAGGGACAGGUAUAGCUGAAUCUAAAGAGACCAAUGACAAUACAAGUAAAGAGUGGACCAAUGAGAUUACAAGGGCAGACAUGGAGGUUGCUGAUACAAACACAUAUACAGGUAUAAAGAAAGAAAAGGAAGCCAGUGAGAAUAAUGCAGCAGUCACAGGUAAGGAGUGGACCAGUGAGAAUGCCAGGGCAGGUAUAGAUGAGUCCGAAGAUACAGGUGAGUUUACAGAUGAGAACAUAGCAGCAGCAACAGAGCAGUCAAAUGGAACCAAUCAGAAUAAAGAAGCAGGUAAAUCAGUGACCAAUGAGAAUAUCGGACAGGGCAUUUCUGCAGAACAUAUUGACGUUGCUAUUAAGGGAGCCAAAUAGAAUGCUAGCCAAUCAGAGUACAGUGCAGGUGUAAGGCCCACAUCAAUUGAUUUAAUGUAAAGGUGUUCUGUACCAGUGUUGAUGACGUGCAGUGCUGUACGUUGCUGAUAAACUGCAAACAGAACCGAAACUUGCCAAUAAAAAAAGACACACAAGCAGGUAAUUAU